GCAUGCGAUUUGCAUGCGGCGGGGCGGCGGAGCGGAGCCAUGUCGGCGGCGCUGCGGGGCGGCGGCGGGGCCCCGCGGGGCAGGGCCGGCGAGAAGCAGUGCUCAUGGGCUUCCUACAUGACCAACUCCCCGACGCUGAUCGUGAUGAUCGGGCUGCCUGCCAGGGGCAAGACCUACAUGUCCAAAAAGCUCACCCGCUACCUCAACUGGAUCGGGGUGCCCACCAGAGUGUUUAAUUUAGGGGUGUAUCGGCGUGAGGCAGUGAAGUCCUACAAGUCCUACGACUUCUUCAGGCACGACAACAAAGAGGCCAUGGAAAUCCGCAAACGCUGUGCCCUGGUGGCUCUGGAAGAUGUGAAGUCUUAUCUCUUGGAGGAGUGUGGGCAAAUAGCUGUGUUCGAUGCGACCAACACAACUCGGGAGCGCCGGGACCUGAUCUUGAACUUUGCUAAGGAAAAUGCUUUCAAGGUGUUUUUCGUGGAGUCUGUCUGUGAUGAUCCAGAGGUCAUCGCUGCCAACAUCCUGGAGGUGAAAGUUUCCAGCCCUGACUACCCAGAGAGGCACAGGGAGAAUGUGAUGGACGAUUUCCUGAAGAGGAUUGAGUGCUACAAGGUCACCUACCAGCCCCUGGACCCGGAUGCUUAUGACAAAGAUCUCUCCUUCAUUAAAGUGAUCAACGUGGGCCAGAGGUUCCUGGUGAACCGAGUGCAGGAUUACAUCCAGAGCAAAAUUGUCUAUUACCUGAUGAACAUCCACGUGCAGCCGCGCACCAUCUACCUGUGCCGCCACGGCGAGAGCGAGUACAACCUCCUGGGCAGGAUUGGAGGGGACUCUGGGCUGUCACCCCGGGGCAAGCAGUUUUCCCAUGCUCUGAAGAAGUUCAUUGAGGAGCAGGAGAUCGUGGACCUGAAGGUGUGGACGAGCCAGCUGAAGAGGACAAUCCAGACAGCAGAGUGCCUGGGCGUGCUCUAUGAGCAGUGGAAGAUCCUCAACGAGAUUGAUGCUGGGGUCUGUGAAGAAAUGACCUAUGCAGAAAUUGAAGCCAAGUAUCCAGAGGAGUUUGCCAUGAGGGAUCAGGAGAAAUAUCUUUAUCGUUACCCUGGAGGGGAGUCCUACCAGGACUUGGUGCAGCGCCUGGAGCCAGUAAUUAUGGAGCUGGAAAGGCAAGGAAAUGUCCUGGUUAUCUCCCACCAGGCAGUUAUGAGGUGCCUCCUGGCUUAUUUUCUUGACAAGAGUGCAGAUGAGCUGCCCUACCUGCGCUGCCCCCUCCACACCAUUUUCAAGCUCACACCUGUUGCCUAUGGCUGCAAAGUGGAGACAAUUUCCAUGGGUGUGGAGGCAGUGAACACCCACCGGGAAAAGCCCUCCCUGAACUCACACGACCUCCCCAGCAGGCAGAGCCCUGUGAGGAUGAGGAGGAACAGCUUUACCCCGCGGGCCAGCGCCGACACCGUAAAGCGCCCGCGGCACCACAGCCUGGGCAGCAAACCCCUGCACCUGCUGGGGCCUCUCCCAUCCCUGGAUGCUCGAGGGCCUCUCCCAUCCCUGGAAGCUGGAGAAGGGGCUGAGCAGCCACAGCUGGAAGUCUCUGUCCAGCCUCCAGAGGGAAAUGCUUGCCUCUGAGCACCACUGCAAGCAGCUUGGGUGUGCUCUCUUUGGGAAAAUGGCCACUUUGGGCGUGUAGGAGUUCCUGCUUUCCCCUUGGAUCCAGCUGGGAAUUCCAGCACCAGGAGGAGCCGGGGCUGGAGCAUCCCUGGGGCACCGUGAGCCACCCUGGCCAGCACUUGCCUUGAACUGUGAUUCUAGAGCCUGUCUGUGUCUUUUUUUCUUUCCAAAUGCUGCAUUGUCUGUCCAUGGGGCUGGAGAUGAUUUCCUGUGGAGAUUUUUCCAAGCUGCUUUUAGUGCUCCCAAGCCAGCGCGUCCCCGGGUGUUGAAAUCGUGUCCCACGCCUUUCCUCCUGGCCAGGAGCCCAAAUUAACCACAGUGGGAGGACAAAAUAAUCAUGUUUUCACUCACUGAGGCAGCUUUUCUUUGGAAAAGGCAUUUCCAGGCCAAAUCCCCCGGGUUUUAUUUCUCCAUUUCCAAGUUAUUUCCAAGUUCAAACUCAAUUUUUUUUUCUGGUUUUCAGCCAUCCAGGGAGCUCCUGGUAGGGUUUGACUUUCCCUCCUUGAGUGCUGCUGUGAAUCCCCCAAUCUGAGCCAGUUCCUUUUGGCUUGGAUGUUUGUUCCAGGCUUUUUCUUGGAUCUGACACCCAGAAAUCCAUCCCAUGGGCUGCCUCCUGUGAGGGAAAGAUGGGAAUGAACCCUCCUGCCCCUCUCUGGGAUCAGCACAGCUCCCAGUGCUUUAAAUCCCAUCUCAACCCCUAUUUUAGCUUCUCCUCCCUACCAAAACUCCAUCCUCUCACUCAUUUUUCCUGCAUUUUUGGGGUGUUUUUAUCCAUUUACCCCCAAAAAUGGGAGCGUGGCUGGGACCAGCAGGGCUCCUGGGCAGGGUUUGCAGGAAGCACAAGGGUUUUUACCAGUUUUCUUUAUUUUACACCAAAUUUUUAGGCCCAACAACAAGCUUUUAACUUGCCUCUGAAUAAGCUGUGAAUGUUCCCAAUGCUGCCUUUCAUAGUUUUAAGCUGUUGUAGAGUUUGCAGCUCUGUGUGGCCGUGUCUUAACUUAAAUCCUUCCCUUAAAUCCCCACCAAACCCCAAUUUUCAGUUCUCUCCCACAAGUCUUGACUUGCAUUUUGCCAAACUCCAUUUUACCCCACUCCAGCUGUUCUUGCAAUAAGGGCAGGACCCUCAGGUUGGGUGAAAAAAGGAACAUUUGGGUCCAGAACAAAAAGCUGUUCUGGACCUGCUGUUCCCAAAUGACUCCAGGAUUUAUCUGAGCAAUUCUGGGCCCCAGAAGUUGCUUAUUUUAAAUGUGUAAAUAAAUGUUGGAUAUACCCACAGCAGGGAAAAUAUGCCCUGGUUGUGGAGGAACUCAGCAACCCCAGAGCUUGAGGCUUAACCUGGGCAUUUUGAGCUCAAACUUGGUUGUUUUCAACACUCCCAGAGUUGUAAUUUGAUAAAACUGAGAUAGAGAGGACCAAGGCACAAAUCUGGACCCCUCAGGAUUUCUGAGGAGCGGAAAAAUGUGUUGAUCUAAAGCAGUUGUGCCACAAAAGGGUGAAAUUUGCUGGUGAAAAAUUGAGUUUCUAUUUGUUUUUCUCCUCAGGGUUUCCCCCCCCCCCCCCAGGUCUGGUUUUGGAUUUUAAAUGUUUUUAUGUUUAGAAAUAAACCAGAAAAAAUAAAAAAAAAAAGUUGAAGGAAGAGAUUUAGAGCCUGUCCAUGGCAGUCCUGACUGUCACACUCCAAAGUGCUCUGAACGCACAAACCCGUCCUUGUCAGGCUGGCUGCUCUGACCAAACCCCUCCUGCUCUGGAAAAAGGAGUGGAAAAUGUACUGUAGGAUGUUUACACACAAAAAUGCUGGGAUAACUUGCUGAAGAGUUCAAGAUGUUCAUAUCACUGAGUAGUAAAUGAUUGUAAGGAGACAAAAAAAAAAAAUCUAUAUUUUUACCUGCUGGGAUUUGUGAAUGUCGCUGUUGAUUUGUUGUUGGUGGUCGUGACUUUUGUUUUUUAAUCACUGCUGAAAAUCUGGUGUUUUGCAGUUUGGCUCCUUUUGGGGGCUGUGGGGUGGAAUUCCAUCUUUCUCUGCAGUGUUUGUGCCUCAGUGCUUUAAUUAAAGCUUUUUCCUCCUGCA